ACCGUAGGAACCGCUGUACCAUUAGUAAAUGCCAAGCGUUGUUCGCAGUCUCAGCCCUCUCACAGCCCUUGCCGUAAAGUAGGCGCUGUUACCGACACUUGACGAGGACGCCGCUCCGAGCGGGAGGUGGCGGAGCCGAGGUCCCAACCCUCUUCACCUUCCUCAGCGGUGUCAGUAAUUAACACUGUGGACACCUCCCAUGAGGACAUGAUUCACGAUGCCCAGAUGGACUACUAUGGCACCCGCCUGGCAACCUGCUCAUCAGACAGGUCCGUCAAAAUCUUUGAUGUACGCAACGGAGGGCAGAUCCUCAUCGCAGACCUCAGGGGUCAUGAGGGACCAGUGUGGCAAGUGGCCUGGGCCCACCCCAUGUAUGGCAAUAUCCUGGCAUCCUGCUCCUAUGACCGGAAAGUCAUUAUCUGGAAAGAGGAAAACGGCACCUGGGAGAAGACGCAUGAGCACACAGGACACGACUCCUCAGUAAAUUCUGUGUGCUGGGCCCCCCAUGACUACGGCCUAAUCCUGGCCUGUGGGAGCUCAGAUGGGGCCAUCUCCCUGCUGACCUACACUGGGGAAGGCCAGUGGGACGUGAAGAAGAUCAACAAUGCUCACACUAUCGGCUGCAAUGCCGUCAGCUGGGCCCCUGCUGUUGUACCUGGAAGCCUCAUAGACCAGCCAUCAGGACAGAAGCCCAACUACAUCAAGAAAUUUGCCUCAGGCGGCUGUGACAACCUCAUCAAGCUGUGGAAGGAGGAAGAGGAUGGCCAGUGGAAGGAGGAACAGAAGCUGGAAGCACACAGUGACUGGGUUCGAGACGUGGCCUGGGCCCCUUCCAUUGGUCUACCCACCAGCACCAUCGCCAGUUGUUCCCAGGAUGGUCGUGUGUUCAUUUGGACCUGUGACGAUGCCUCAAGCAAUACGUGGUCUCCCAAACUACUGCACAAGUUCAAUGAUGUUGUGUGGCACGUGAGUUGGUCCAUCACAGCCAACAUUCUGGCCGUCUCGGGUGGAGAUAAUAAGGUGACCCUGUGGAAGGAGUCAGUCGACGGGCAGUGGGUGUGCAUCAGUGACGUCAACAAGGGCCAGGGUUCCGUGUCUGCUUCCGUCACAGAGGGCCAGCAGAACGAGCAGUGACAAGACUGGCGGGGCCCAGCUCCCCACCUGCCAAUUCCUGGACCAACUGACCAAACAGCGGCAAGGAAGCGCUCCAACAAGAUGACUUUCCCAGGAAUAGUUAAAACUGCAACGAGAUUGAUCAUCUGCCUUAACAUGAUUUGAUAUGGUUUGUAAUUUACAAAGCACUCAUUAUGAGGGAGAAACUACAAAUGAUCUAUUAUUUAAAAAUAUUUUUUGGCCAUUUUUAUGUACCUUUUGGGUUCAGGCAUUAUUUGGGAGUUUUUGUUUCCAAAGUAAUUAAACAUGAUGUUUAUAAUUCUACAUUAA